AUGUCCAAAUCAGUUGCUAUGGUCGCUGUCCUCGGUGCAGGAGGAGGCGCCGCACUUACCGCCGCCGUCAUGUCUCUUCGAGGAAACAACAAGAAGCCUGAAAUCCAGGCCGCAAGCACCGCUACUCCAACCGCACCCGUCAUCGCUGGCCCUCCCGUGCCAGUUGCCAUCCCACCAUCCCAGAUAUUCUCACCGCCAGGCGCAGCUCCCGCUGCCCCUGGCGGCCUCGUUGACCCGGCCGGCCUCUUCCAAUAUGGCUUUCCCGGCCCUGUUGCCGACGUUGCAAACCGCAACGCCCUCGUCUCGAGCUACGAUCGCCGCACACGUAACCCUCACUGGGUGGUCGAGCACAUCACACCCCAGUCCCUCGCUACCCGCGACGGAGACCGCAAGAACAGCAACUUCGUCGAGGACCCCGACGUGCCCCAGAAGUUCCGCGGCCUCCUCAAGGACUACUUCCGCAGCGGCUACGACCGCGGCCACCAGGUCCCCGCCGCCGACUGCAAGUGGUCCCAGCAGGCCAUGGACGAGACCUUCUACCUCACCAACAUGUGCCCCCAGGUCGGCGAGGGCUUCAACCGCGACUACUGGGCGCACUUUGAGGACUUUUGCCGCCGCCUGACCGUCAGGUACCCCUCCGUCCGCAUCGUCACCGGGCCCCUCUACCUGCCCCGCAAGGAUCCCGUCGACAACAAGUGGUACGUAAAGUACGAGAUGAUUGGCAGCCCGCCCUCCAUCGCCGUCCCCACGCACUUCUACAAGGUCAUCUUCGCCGAGGACGGCCGCGUGGGCGGCAACGUCGCCCUGGGCGCCUUCGUCCUCCCCAACGCGCCCAUCUCCAACGACAAGCCCAUCACCGACUUCGAGGUCCCCGUCGAGGCCGUGGAGCGCGCGAGCGGUCUCGAGUUCGCGUCCAAUCUGCCCGUGCAGAGGAGGAGGAGGCUGUGCACCGACACCACCUGCGCCCUCAUCAUCAAGGACUACGCCGAGCGGCAAAAGUCGGUGGCCAAGGGAGAUAGGCGAGCGCUCCCACCGCCCAGAUCAUAA